AUGGAGACGAGCAAGGUCAAGAGCAAAGGCCUUUACGAGUACCAGCUGCUGCUCGGGGCUGGGGCCCUGGCCCCCGGCAACUCGUCUCAACAUCUGGGAGUUGCUGGAAAGGCAGAUCCCGUCUACCCAGAUCCCAUCUACUCAGACCCCAUCUACCCAGAUCCCGUCUACCCAGACCCCAUCUACUCAGACCCCAUCUACCCAGAUCCCGUCUACCCAGAUCCCAUCUACCCAGAUCCCGUCUACCCAGAUCCCAUCUACUCAGACCCCAUCUACCCAGAUCCCGUCUACCCAGAUCCCAUCUACCCAGAUCCCAUCUAUCCAGAUCCCGUCUACCCAGAUCCCAUCUACCCAGAUCCCAUCUAUCCAGAUCCCGUCUACCCAGAUCCCAUCUAUCCAGAUCCCAUCUACCCAGAUCCCGUCUACCCAGAUCCCAUCUACCCAGAUCCCGUCUACCCAGACCCCAUCUACUCAGACCCCAUCUACCCAGAUCCCGUCUACCCAGAUCCCGUGUACCCAGAUCCCAUCUAUCCAGAUCCCAUCUACCCAGAUCCCAUCUACCCAGAUCCCAUCUACUCAGACCCCAUCUACCCAGAUCCCGUCUACCCAGAUCCCGUCUACCCAGACCCCAUCUACCCAGAUCCCAUCUACCCAGAUCCCAUCUAUCCAGAUCCCGCCUACCCAGACCCCAUCUAUCCAGAUCCCGCCUACCCAGAUCCCAUCUACCCAGAUCCCGCCUACCCAGCGUAG